GGUCCUAGCAAUCGACUGAAAUAGAUUCAAAAAGGGGGAGGCAACGCAUACAACCACCAGUAAAAUCAAAUCGACCAUGAAAUCGACAUGAUUCACAAAGAAAAACCGAACAUGCCAGAGGAUUUCAGGGAUAUGAAAACAGAAGUAACGAUCAGCUGGAGGAGAAGAUGAAAAAUGCGGAGUCGAUGACUUACUAGCGGUGAACUCAGCUCUUCUGGAUCAGAAUCUUUCUUGCACGCAGCAGUGUAUGAGAUCGAUUGAGGAAGUCGAUUGGGUUUUCUUAGGGUUCAGAGUGAAAGUUGAGAGGGAAAGGAACGAAGCUCGCGCGGAAGAUAAACUGACUUAUCCUCUGCCGCAUACGAAAAGGAGUUUGAUUUUCUUUUUUUUUUUUUUUUCCAGUUUUUCAUAAUAAACAUGGAAAAGAAUUUUAACUUUUCACUUAGAAAAUAAAUUACAAAAAAGAGAAUAAUACGUAACAAUGAUAUUAGAUUAACCACAUAUGUUGUCGCAAAGUUAAGGGUGAGACAAGUUAACCACAUAUGUUGUCACAAAGUUAAGGGUAGGACUCUCACAAUAAUAAGCGUGGUAUAAGCCCAUUUACCGUACGUGGAUCGGGGGCCACCUUACGCCCCCGAACCCCCAAACCGGCGCUUCGCCCCUGGACCCCGUGACUCCCAAUCGACGGCAGCUAAUUAGAUUUUAGGUCAUUGCAACAAAAAUUUGUACCUUGUACUUGUUUAGUAUACGGGAUAAAGAAGGUUGCAGGAUGAAGAGGAGCUAACAGAGCAAUAAAAAGACAAAGGUUAAUUGUGCCCUCUUUCUGAGUGCCUACGAUAGGGGCGAGCUCAAAUUCCUAAAAGGAAGAUAAAAACAAAUUUAAUCUAUAAUUUUCUAACUAUGAAAAAUAAUUACAAUUCAAAUCAUAGCCACAAUAUGCAUUAUGCGAUAAGGUUUAGUGGAUCAUUGUUCAACUAAAAUGUAAGUUUUAUUAUUGUAGGUUUACUGAUUGCUUUCAUCAAUCGAUUAUAAUUUACAUUAUAAGGUUUAGAAUUUAGGUGUGAAGAUUUAUUUUUACACUUCAUGAUUUAAGGUAUAGGGUUUUUUUUCAUAUUAAAUGUGAAUAUAAAUUUUUUUUAUGACAAACCUGGUUGUUAGCAUAAAUAUAUACUAGUAUAUAUUGUGACAAAUUUACUACUUGUCAUACUAUACAUUUAUUAUUUCUCUCCACAAGUUCCCGCCAAAUCACAUUUUGGCUAACCAAAUGUGUGAUAUAUUUAAUGUAACAAAGUUAGUUUGUCAUAAUAAAGUAUUCCGAUUGUAUAUUGUGACAAAAUCUUUAUUUGUCACAUUAAACAUUUCAUCUUCCGUGCCACAAUUUCCCGCCAAUACAUGGCCGAUAACAAGUUUUUUUUACUAAGUAUAACCUGUCAUACUAUAGGUAUAUUCGUAAUAUUAUGACAAAUGAAGUUGUCAUAAUCCAACUGACAUAGUAGAUAAUUUGACAGAAGAUAUUAUGACAAAUAUUUUUUCACAUUAUAAUCCAAUCAUUCCUAGCCGAUGACCAUAUUUUUACAAAAUAAUGUUGACAUAAUGAAUUUGUCAUAAUACAUACUUAAUAUGAAAAAAUUGUAUGACAAGCUCGUUGUUUGUCACAACUUGUACGGAAAUUAUGACAAACAUGGUUGUCGUCACAUUAUAUGGUCUAUUGUGACAAAAUAUAAAUGACAAUUGUUUUUUGUCAAAAUAGGCCAAAAUUGUUGUAGUGGGUGUUGUUCGGAGCAUCUCUGUUUGAAAAAAUGUUGUACGGAGCAUUUCUGGUUGAUGUUUAUGUUUCUAUGAUGUUAUGCGGAGCUCCUGAUUGCCAUGUUGCUGUUAGGAGCACGUGGUUAUGUUUAUGUUUCGAUGAUGUUGUUCGGAGCAUCUUGAUUUCCAUGUUGCUGUUCGGAGCACGUGGUUCUGUUUUCGUGACAACACAGUUUCACGGUCACUGCUCGUUCUUCUGGAGUAUCUUUCUUCUUGAUCGUCACUUGUUUUUUCCGCUUCCUUCAGUGCAGAGUUGUGGCGAGUGAUCAUUUAUUUUGUUGGACACUUGGUUUAACAGACUAGACGACUUUGGCAAAACCUUUUGUUAUCUCCAGUUUAUCACCAUUGACGUUUCACGAGGCAUGGGAUAUGGUCUUCAUCGGCAUAUUUGGCGGAGCAUUUAGGUUUGUCAUUAUUUUUUUGUCACGUACGUUCUUCAUAGUAAUUUGUGCGGUUUUUUGUUUCGGUUUUGAAAUUGUUGGUAAGUAAUUAUCAUCAAUUUGAGGAGGGUAUUAGAGUAUGUGUAGUUCGAGUAGAUUUAUGUUAUACUACGAGUAUUGUUAUGUAAUUGUUAGAGUUAUAUUUCUUAUCAGAGUCGUAUAAGUUUGGUAAUUUCCAUAUUAAUGUUAGAGUGAUUAUAGAAAUAAAUUUAUAUACUCUAUAUAAACCCUAUGUGUUUUCAGUAAUAAUACACAACAAUUUCUACUUAUUUGUCAACACUGGCUGGAUAUUCCCCAGAAAAUUGGGGUCCGGAUCCUAUCAGUAACCGACCUAUCAGUAACGGUCAGUAACCGUCCAUCUGACCGUCCAUCGCGCCAUCUUCCCAGCCGUCAGAUCAUGCCAAUUAAAUACACGCGGGGGCAAAAAAGGUAAUCACGUCUCUGACAAUUUGAAUUGCAGACGUGACAGCGACAACCGUCCCGCCUUCUCUCCUUCUUUCUCUCACCUUUCAAGCGACAGUUCCACUUCCCUCUGCUCUCUAACUCUCCAUUCUUCCUCCCGAUACUCAAUUCUCUCACCAAAAUCGCAGCAAAAACUUCCAGAAGAAAACUUCAAAUCGAACGAUUUUCGCAAAGCUUUUCGAAGAAUCAUUCAACGAUACACUGUUCUCGCUUCUUCGUCGAAAAACGAAGGGUUUCCAACUUCAACGAGGCUCAAAAAUCGUUUUCGCACAAAAUAUCAAGGUAAAACCUCACUUCUUUCUUCGAAAUCCAUCCAUAGAACAAUAGAAACAGUAUUCCAGUCACUCUUCAUGUGAAAAUUGUAGUAAAACUCGCUACAUUACCGAAUCGUUAGCAUGCAUUGCUGAACUGGUGUAGAAUCUGUUGUGUUUUGCUUCGUUACCACAUGGUAUGGCGUGGUAAGCUAUGAUUUCACAUUAUAAAAAGGCAAGAAACCGUAAGUCCUUCUGUGUUGUAGUUUGUUACCAUAUGGUAAUGUGUAGUAAGCUAUAGUUUCAUGUUGUAAAAUAGCAAAAAACCAUAAGUUCUUCUGUGUUUUAGUUUGUUACCAUAUGGUAAUGUGUGGUAACCUAUGGUUUCAUGUUGUAAAAUAGCAAAAAACCAUAAGUCCUUCUGUGUUUUAGUUUGUUACCAUAUGGUAAUGUGUGGUAACCUAUGGUUUCAUGUUGUAAAAUAGCAAAAAACCAUAAGUCCUUCUGUAUUUUAGUUUGUUACCAUAUGGUAAUGUGUGGUAAGCUAUGGUUUCAUGUUGUAAAAUAGCAAAAAACCAUAAGUUCUUCUGUGUUUUAGUUUGUUACCAUAUGGUAAUGUGUGGUAACCUAUGGUUUCAUGUUGUAAAAUAGCAAAAAACCAUAAGUUCUUCUGUGUUUUAGUUUGUUACCAUAUGGUGAUGUGUGGUAAGCUAUGGUUUCAUGUUGUAAAAAAGCAAAAAACCAUAAGUCCUGCUGUGUUUUAGUUUGUUACCAUAUGGUAAUGUGUGGUAAGCUAUGGUUUCAUGUUGUAAAAAAGCAAAAAACCAUAAGUCCUGCUGUGUUUUAGUUUGUUACCAUAUGGUAAUGUGUGGUAAGCUAUGGUUUCAUGUUGUAAAAAAGCAAAAAACCAUAAGUCCUGCUGUGUUUUAGUUUGUUACCAUAUGGUAAUGUGUGGUAACCUAUGGUUUCAUGUUGUAAAAUAGCAAAAAAACCAUAAGUCCUGC